UUAAGCGGAGGUUUGAGCCGUCCGAUCAAAACCCUAAAAAUGAACAUGUUCUUAUUUCAUUCCCCUCCCCCUGUAACCCCCUCUCUUGCUUUCUCUCUCGCCCGCGCUGUCUGAGGAUCAAGUGAAGAGAAAACGAAAGAUGGGUGAAGACGAGAAAGGUGCUGCAAUCAUUCCAGAAUCAGUGUUAAAGAAAAGAAAGAGACUUGAAGAAUGGAGCUUGGCAAAGAAGCAAGCGAUUGACGCAAAGAAGAAAAAGCAUGCCGAAAACCGGAAGUUGAUUUUUAAAAGGGCUCAAGCAUAUGCAAAAGAGUACGAGGAGAAUGAUAAGGAACUCAUUAGGCUGAAGAGAGAGGCAAAACUGAAAGGCGGAUUUUAUGUCAAUCCAGAAGCAAAGCUGCUGUUCAUCAUCCGUAUUCGAGGUAUCAAUGCAAUGCAUCCCAAGACACGAAAGAUCUUGCAGUUAUUGCGCUUGAGACAGAUAUUCAAUGGUGUUUUCCUGAAGGUAAACAAAGCCACGAUGAAUAUGUUGCACAAAGUUGAGCCUUACGUUACAUAUGGCUAUCCUAAUUUGAAGAGCGUAAAAGAGCUUGUAUACAAGAGAGGUUUUGGAAAAUUGAAUAAUCAGCGGAUCCCGUUGACAGACAAUUCCAUUGUGGAAGAGGCUCUAGGCAAGUAUGGCAUUAUCUGUGUCGAAGAUCUGAUUCACGAGAUAAUGACCGUGGGACCUCAUUUCAAGGAAGCAAACAACUUUUUGUGGCCAUUCAAGCUUUCUGCCCCAUCUGGUGGCCUCAAAAAGAAGAGAAACCACUAUGUUGAGGGAGGUGAUGCUGGAAACCGUGAAGACAAGAUCAAUGAGCUGAUUAGGAGAAUGAACUAGAUGAUCUGAGUCUUCUGGAUGGGCAGAUGAGCUUUGCAAAGGCUAGUUUUGUAGUUUGAUGGUAGAUCUCAGUGAGACUCUUUUAGUGCUCAUAGAUUCUUUCUUGAGCACUUGUCGGUUCGUCAUUGUUGUCAAAACUGUUUUAGCACAGCAAUUAUUUUAAUGCAAGUUUUGUCGUCAUAUUC